CGCUUUCUGCCUUCGCGGGAAAACGACGAAGCUGGCAUUCCUCCGAUGGCGUUCCAGCCCCAACGGAUUAAAGGGGUUCUCGCGCGCUUCAAAAAUUGCAGAACCAGGUACAAUUCGCUUAGCCUCCAUCAAUCAUUUACGUCGUUUCCAUUUUCAACCACCGACUUUCCCGUAGAAUCCACGAACAACGAAUCAUCACAAAAGGAUAUCGGGAACCAAUUCAGUAAUGUGGACGAGCGUUUCGUGUUGGAUGAACUCUCUGAUUUGUUAUUUAACUCUCGUAGAACUCCGAACCUCUUUACAGAGAGUUCUUCGGACAAGAAUGUAUCGACUAGGGCCGUUGAUUCGUUUUUACCCCCCGAAGAGAAGUUGAGAGGCGUCUUUCUUCAGAAACUAAGGGGUAAAGCGGCUGUCGAACGUGCCCUAACAGAUGUUGGCGUAGAUUUAACCACCGAUAUCGUUGCUAAAGUCGUGAAUAGUGGGAAUUUAGGCGGCGAAGCGAUGGUCAUCUUCUUUAAUUGGGCAACUAAGCAGCUUUUGGUACCAAAAGAUAUUUAUAGUUAUAAUAUCAUCAUUAAAGCGCUAGGCAGAAGAAAAUUUUUAAAAUUUAUGGUGGAUAUGUUGCACAGCAUGAAAGCAGAAGGAAUAAGCCCUACUUGUGAGACGUUAUCGAUUGUAAUUGAUAGUUUUGUUAGAGCUCGUCGAGUGACCAGAGCAGUUCAAAUGUUUGGAAACUUAGAAGAGAUUGGGCUGAGACCUGAUACGGAAUCUUUAAACGUGCUCAUGCAGUGCCUUUGUCGUCGGUCUUUUCUAGGGGCUGCGAAUUCCGUGUUCGAUGCGAUGAAAGGGAAGGUAUCAUAUAACACUAGAACAUACAAUCUCAUCAUUAGAGGAUGGUCGAAAUUUGGUAAGGUUAGUGAAAUCGUAAAGACUGUGAGGGCAAUGGUGGAAGAUGGUAUUAAUCCAGAUUGCUUUACAUUUAGUUGCAUUAUCGAGUGUUUAGGGAGAGCUGGUCGUAUUGAUGAUGCAGCUUCUGUUUUUGAUAGCAUGGUGGAGCAAGGCUGUGCCCCGGAUGUUGUUGUUUAUAAUGCAAUGAUUUCUAAUUUUAUAUCAGUAGGAGAUUUUGAUGAAUGUAUGAAGUAUUAUGAGCAAAUGUUGAAUAGUAAAUGUGACCCAAAUGUGGAUACCUACAAGAAAUUGAUUGCUGCUUUUAUCAAGGAACGAAGAGUAGCAGAUGCACUAGAAAUGUUUGAUGAGAUGCUGGGUCAAGGAAUUGUCCCCACUACAGGUACAAUAACCUAUUUUAUUGAGCCCUUGUGUGGCUAUGGUCCACCACAUGCGGCUUUGAUGAUCUACAAGAAAGCAAAAAAAGUUGGGUGUAGAAUCUCAUUGAGUGCUUAUAAGCUAUUACUCAUGCGACUUUCUAGAUUUGGCAAAUGUGGGAUGCUAUUCAAUAUAUGGGAUGACAUGCAAGAAAGUGGUUAUUCUUCUGAUACAGAAGUUUAUGAGUAUGUCAUCAAUGGGCUUUGCAACAUUGGGCAGCUUGAAAAUGCUGCACUUGUCAUGGAGGAGUCUCUGCACAAAGGCUUCUGCCCAAGCAGGCUUAUUUGUAGCAAAUUGAAUAACAAACUUCUGGCUUCAAAUAAAGUGGAGAGGGCUUACAAGCUUUUUCUAAGGAUAAAAAAUGCUCGUUGCAAUGAAAAUGCACGAAGAUAUUGGCGCGCUAAGGGGUGGCAUUUUUGAAUGUGCAUGUUUAUCAGCUGGCAAAUGUAACCAUAUUAUGCGCAGGGUGCUUUGCACUUCCUACAGCAGGUUCUUGACAAUUCAGCAGAAGGGGAUUUUUUUUGCGGUGGUGGGAAGUUGAAUAUGCAUGUUUAUGGAGAGGAUCUGCUUUCUGGCACUGCACCCACCAUUUUCAGUAUAUUCUAGUAUUACUCUUGUCACUGUAGUACCAUAAUGUUCCCGAUUUUCAACCAUGCGUAAGGUACAAAUUCAGAUAGGAUGGUGAACAUAUAUGUGGAUUAUCUGAAUGAGUUGUCAGCUUUGGUUUUUUCUAACAAGGCUGAUGAUUAGACUUGAACAGGUAAUUGUGGUGCCUACGCACUCACAUAUGACCGAAGACCCUGUAAAGAAAGAAAUUGAUAUUCACCCUUUGUCUUUAAAAGGGAGCAUAUAGGUUUCCCUUUUGCACCAAUUUGUUCUGCUGUUGGCGGUGAGUUAUCUCCUGCAUCAAGUUAAAGUUGAAAUUGCAGACACUAAAAAAGCAUGCCCCAGAAGAAAACAGUAGACAAGGAAGAUGAGAACGGACCGUGCAUACUGCUUGGAGGAUAAAAGAGCUUUAUGCCCAUUGCAAGUGGUAUUUGUUUCUAGGAGCCCUGGCUGCUGGCAAUAGCGUUGGCACUUCUCAUCCUGAAGGCAUUUUUGUGUUCUGGUAAAAAAAAGGGCUUUCAAGUUUCAAGAGACUUUUUAUGUAUUACACAUUUCUUAAGCUGGAAAAGCUCAUCAUAAAAGGUGAUUUGUAUCAUUGGCAACACAUACGAUCUAUGAUGAAUGUGUAUAUCAUUUACGAAAUAAGCUAGGAGUGCCACGAUUUUAACUUUCACACUUCAGUGUUGAUGCCCUUUGACAUCUACCGAGGAACUCUUCCCAAACGUGAACUUGGAGACUGAAUAAAGAAUAGAAGCCUUCAUUCUUUGAAUUUGGAGACUGAAGCUUCUCGAUUGAUGGGAUUCGAACUGUACUGCCUGAACAUGCAUGCACUGUUAACAGGUAAUGCAUAGUUUUCAAUUUGAGUAUGAGUUGAGCUGGCUGCGAGUUAAUCUCGUUCAACAACCACAUGCUGAGCACAAUUUUGUUUGGUUCCAAUCGAGUUAUUUGAGUAACUUGAUGAGUCAAGUUCGAAUUGUCCAUUACUAAUGAAUUUAAUCAAGUUUUUGUACUUUUAUUAUUUUUGUUAGUGAUGGCGUAUAUAACACAUUUUAUAUUAUUAUAUAAUCAAAUUAAGUUUGAUCUUA